AUGUACCGUCGGGUGUCGUUGCGUGCCACGGGUGGGAUGCUCGCGGCGGGGGCGGGCGGCGCCGGCUACGCGCAGCGGCGCGGCUUCCGCAAGGAGUUGUUUGAGGGGCCGCUCGACAUCAAACCCGGCGAGCGCGCGGCGCGCAAGGGGCCCCCGGUGUCCCACAGCCUGCCGGUGUACAAAACCGCCCACAAACUCAACAAUAGUGUCCGCUGGAAGAACGCGAACCUCAUCGCCAACGUGGCGGGCGGGAAGGACUACCGCCUGCGUGAGACCCAGGGCGAGGGCACCUUUGACGAGUCCGGCAUGUACCGUGACUGGCUCUACGGCGACGAGCGGCGGUACGCCAACUACAUCGGCGUCGCCCUCGCCUGCCUGAGCAUUGGGCUGUUUCUGUACACGAUGCGGGUGAUGAGCGCGGAGACGUGGGACAUCCCCGCCCCGGUGCUGGCGUCGCAGCGCAAGAAGGUCGCCGCGGCAGCCGCAAAGGCAGAGGCAGAGGCAGGCGUCACCGCCGCGGCAGCCGGGGGCGAAACGGGGAAGGAAGGUGGUAGCGGCAACGAGGCGGCCCAGCUGCCGGACGCACUCGCCAUGCUGAAGAAGCCCGCGAUUGUCUCCAAGGUGGCGUAG